AUGGAGUAUCAGCCAUACACGUCUCAAAUGAGUCAAAAAGAUCAAACAGCCAUGUGGAUGCAUAAUCAAAAUAAUCAUUACCAUGAUUCUGAUAUACAUUCGACUGCAACCUCAUAUCGUGGUGGAAUGAAUUUUGAUCAACAACCAGGAUCAUCAAUAGACUAUACACAAGAACAAAUUGAUAAUAUGAAUCAACAGUUAAGUUCAACACGUGCACAACGCAUACGUGCUGCCAUGUUUCCCGAGACGUUAGAAGAUCCAGCGAUGGAUAUUCCUCCUUCGACACAAUAUAUAACCGGUUUACCUACAGCUGUUCAAAAAUUGUCUGAACCGUCGCAACAGUUAAAGAAUGCUGUUGUUGACAUAAUCAAUUAUAAAGAAGAUGCUGAAAUAACGGAAAAGGCUAUACCUGAAUUAAUUAGAUUACUCAAUGAUGAGGAUCCGAUUGUUGUUGGACAAACAGCAUUAGUCAUACAUACCUUGGCGAAGAAAGAAGCCAGUCGACUGGCUUUGACUAAUCCACAGCUCAUUCAUGCACUGAUUCAUGCCGUCUCAAAUCCAAAAGCAAAUGCUGAAACAAAACGUGGUGUUGCCGGAAUAUUUCAGUGUCUGGCACAACAAAAGCAAGGUCUUUUUUGUAUAUUCAAAUCAGGAGGAAUUCCAGCAUUAGUGAAAUUACUCGAUUCACCGAUAGAAACUGUUGUUAAUUAUGCAAUCUCAACAUUACAUAGUCUUCUUUUAUAUAUCGAACAAGCUAAAAUGGAAAUACUUCGAUGUGGAGGUUGCCAUAAAAUGGUUUCAUUAUUAACUAGUUCUAAUCCAAAAUUUUUGGCUAUUGUAACAGAUUGUUUAUAUAUGCUGGCAUUUAACAAUCAAGAAGUAAAGCUUAUUAUUGAAUCGAGUAAUGGUCCGCCACAGUUAUUACAAAUUAUGGAAUUAACCGAUUAUGAAAAAUUAUUGUGGACAACAACACGUCUUCUAAGAGUAUUAUCUGUUGGUACAUCGAUUAAAGGGUUAAUUAUACAAAAAAAUGGUAUUAAAAUUUUCGAAAAAUAUGUCUGUAAUGCCAUUAGUGAAGGAAUGGAAACAUUACUUCAUAAAUUAAUUCAAUUGCUAUCAUCGACUGAUUUUGUGAUUGUCUCUUGCGCAGUUGGUGUCUUAUCAAAUUUAACUUGCAAUAAUCAAUUCAACAAAAUGGCGGUUGUUCAAUAUAACGGUGUUAAUACACUGAUUAAUACAAUCGUUCAAGCUGAGGAUAAAGAGGAGAUAAUCGAACCUGCUAUAUGUGCUUUACGCCAUAUAACAUCUCGUCAUCCGCAUGCCAGUGAUGCACAGAAUACCGUUCGCGAUAUUAAUGGUAUAUCGAUUAUUGUUGAACUACUCAAUCCAUCUAGAUACAGUUGGCCUAUUAUUAAAUCGACAAUAAGUUUAAUCCGAAAUUUAGCUUUAUCACCAAAUAAUUUAAGUGCAUUACGUGAAAAUGAUGCUAUACCAAAACUUGCUCAACUUCUCAUCCGUUCACAUCAAGAAUUACAACGACAAGCAUCAAAAAUGGAUAGCAAUAAUAAUAACAUAGGUUUUUCUGAUAUAUUAGAAGCAUCUAUUGGUGCUUUACAUAUUAUAGCGAAAGAUCCGUCAAACCGAAUAAUUAUACGUGAUCUUGAUUGUAUACCUCUUUUUGUUCGAUUAUUAUAUUUACCAUCAGUUUCUAUACAACGUGCAGCUGCUGGUGUGCUAUGUGAAUUGGUUAAUGAUCGCAUAUGUGCUGAAAUUAUCGAGCAACAAAAUGCCACACAGAAAUUAACUGAGUUACUUAAAUCGAAUGAUGAAGGUGUUGGUAUGUACUUUGCUUCUAUGUUUGUAAUUGCAGCGGCAUUUAAGAGUACCCGUCCCCUCAUUUUUGGGCUUUUCGUAGAAAUGUUGUGAAAUAAAAACUAAAACUCACUAAGGCUUCGUAUUUUCAGAAUUGAGUGAAAUCUCAAUGGAGCACUUUUUCGUUUUUGUUUCAAGUUUUUAACUAUUGUUGUUCACCAGUUCUCCGGAAAACUCGUGUUUUCAUUGGACCACAUUACCACCCCCUUAAAUUUCUUCCGAUCGAGUUAAAAAUUUUAUCAGAGGUACUCAAGGUCAUAGCGCAGAGGUAUAACUGGAAUUUUGUUUUAGACCUUUCUUUACCGAGAGUUAUAGGAAAAAUACCGAAAAACUUUCAAGAGCCCAUUUUAGAAAUCCUGUUACUUGGUAAAGAAAGGUCUAAAACAAAAUUCCAGU